CCAGCGCGCUUGAACACCAUUAAGGAAGAUGUUUGACCAACCACACAUUUCCCCGGUCAUCACUACAGACUACGGCAAGACUACGUUAUCCUACCAGAGUACCGUCUUGAAGCUCUGAAGACUGCAUUCGGAGCACUAGAUUCCGUUAAUUCAACCACUUGAUACCCAAUCGAUCGAUCGAACCCUUUGAGACUAUAAUGUCGACCCCCAGCAGCUACGAGCCCAUCGACCCACGUGACUUCGAACGGAGGCCUUCAACACCAAUCAACUCGAGGGCAAGUCCAGAUAAGAAACCGAUCUGCUCUGGCCUAUUCAUCAGCUCAAACUCAAGCUCAGCUAUCUCGACCACCACCACCAUCAUCACACCCACUAAGAAUACCAGCCAGACUACCAACUCAUCAUCCAAAUUUACCCCAACCAGAAAACAACCCCUGACCAACAACAAUAGCAAUAACAACAACAGCAGCAGCGGUAAUAGUGUCGAGAUCAAUCAGAUCAGAAGACCUAGACCUCAAUCUGCCAUCAUACAACCAUCAGCAUCUUUUAAUUCCCUCAACUUAACCCCAACCACCCCAACGCGAAUCAGAACAAUCACUUCUUCCUCUGCCUCACUAGCAAGACCCGAUCCCAAUCUCAGAUCACCACAAUUUAUACCUCAUCAAACAACAUCAAUACUACCCCCACCUUCAUCCCUCAACUCACCAUUCAGAGCCAGUCUCACUGCUGAAGCGAUCCCUAGAAAGAAAUCAAUUCUACCCGGGGCGCCAAAUCCAUUGCACCACAACAGGCUCAGGAGCUUAAAAUCAUCAUCAUCUCCAUUCACUAGUCCACUCUCUUCCAGUCAUCUCAAUCAAUCCCCAGCUCACAUUCAAUCCCCUUCUCUCCUCAAGAAAUCUCAAUCUCAUCUCAGCCUUUCUCAAUCUCCAGCCCAUCUCAACCGAUCCCCGACCCUCUUUCAAGCACCUAUCGUCAAUCAAUCUCUUGUUUAUGAUACCCCGAUCGAAGAACCUCCGAUUGGCAAAGAUCAACUUGAAAAUGUCCUGGUUGCCAUUCGAUUAAAGGGGGUUGUGGAUCCUCAACUGGAUUCACCCAAGAUCUACUGGUCAAUAAGUCCAGAUGGAACUCAGAUUGGCGAAGUAACCCCCCAAACGUCUUGUGGCUCAAACCAAUCAAGUAACAGUACUAGUAGCUGGAGUUUUGAUAGCGUUUUUGGUCAGAAUGCCACCAAUGAGGAUGUUUACAGGAGGUCCGGAGCCAGGGAUUUGAUAUUAUCUGCGAUGGCAGGAUAUGAUGCAACGAUCUUUGCGUACGGACAAACAGCUUCCGGCAAGACUCAUACUCUCACCGGCUCUGCCCAACAACCCGGAAUCAUCCCACUUUCCGUCCAGGAAAUCUUUACGUUCAUUCGAUCACAUCCCGAAAGGGAAUUUCUACUGAGAGUAUCAUACUUGGAAGUCUAUAAUGAACAAAUCCAUGACUUACUCGUUCCGACUACUCAAUCUACCUCACCACCAGUGAAGAUUCGACAGCAAACAAACGGGAUGUUUUUCGCAGAUCCAGUGAGAGAAGAAGUCGUGACAAAUGUGGGACAGGUGGCCACAUUGAUCAGCAGAGGAGAAAGGCAGCGACAUGUGGCUGGAACCGACUGGAAUGCGCGCUCUAGUCGAUCACACACCAUAUUUGGAAUCGUCAUCGAAUCGCGACUCUAUGGUGUUGAGGGCGGCGUGAGGAGGAGUAAAGUUUGUUUGAUCGAUUUGGCUGGGAAUGAACGCGCAAGCAGUGAAGUCGAAAGAAGAAGCGAAGGUUCAUUCAUCAACAAGAGUUUAUUAACCCUAGAAAAAGUGAUCAGCGGACUGGCAGAACCCAGUGGCCAGACUAAAAAACGAAACCAACAUAUCCCUUAUCGCGACUCGAAACUCACCCAAAUCUUGCAACCUUCUCUAUCGGGAAAAUCAAGAGUUUGUGUGAUUUGUACGAUGAACUGGACGUUUCAAUCGAUUGAAGAUAGCCGAAGUACAUUACGAUUUGCCAGUCGGGUCAAAAAAAUUCAAACCAGUGCUGGUGUAAAUGAGAUCUUGUCUGACAAUGCUCUAAUGAUCCGAUAUCGACAACAGAUUGUUGAUUUGCAGACUCAACUGAGGGAUGCUGUCAACAAAGCUAACCAAACAAAUGAGAAUAUUGACCAUUAUCAACAAGUUCCGCAUAAGCCUGUCACCGUGGGCGACGAAUCUCAGAUCGAAAAGGCUGAAGAAGAAAGAUUGAAGAUCAAGAAACAACUGAAGGAAUUGCAAUCUAUCAUUUUGAAUGCGGAUACCUUAGAUCAAGUGGAGGGUUUAUCCAAGGAAGCUAGACCUGUUAGUCCUGUCAAGAAGCAUUCCAACCAAGCAUGGAUAUCAGGAUCGGAUUCGGAUUCAGAGGAUUCAGAUGAGAGAGAAAAUGGAACCAAACCAGCGGAGGGAAAAAAAAGCAGACGAGAGAAGAUGCUGGAAGAAAGAAUUGAACUACAGGCGUAUGAAAUUGCUUGUUUGAGACUUGAAUUGAUUGGAUUAAAAUUCAAAACAAAAAGAAAUAAAUCAGUCCAUGAAACCACGAAACAAACAGAAGCGGACAAUUCAAUGAAAGACAAGGACAAUGAAGCAAAUGGCGAAGUCCAAGAUCAUGAAAUCGAAGAGGCUGUUAAACGCGUAGCCGAAUCUCGAGAGUCUCUCGAAGAUCGGUUGGCUGAACAAGCUUUAGAAAUCAAAAAUCGGAAAAAAUUUACUCAAGAAGUCCUGAAUUUAUUGGACGCUUCUCGUGCUAAAUCAAAAAAAUUGGAACUUUUCGUUUUGAAAGAAAUGCAGAAAGCGACACGGAGAUUAUCGACGAUCGAACGAAACGCGUACUCCAAGAAUAAUCGUAAUCAAUCUGAAAGAGAUGGUGGAAAGAAACUAUCCGGUAGAAGAAGAUCGAGUUCAAUCAAUAGCAAUCCGUAUGGACCUUUACUGUCGAAUCCAUCAUCCCUUGGCCAAUCAGUAACAUACCACCAGAAUCCUAAUCAACAUCAGGACCAGCUGAUGGCUAAACUCCAGAGCAAUCUUGACCUACAUUCAAGCGUAAUUAAAGAUUCUUGCGGUAACCUCAGGACAACAGUCGAGAAUCGCCACGCGGUCGAAUCUGAUACACAAGUAGAGCCCAAUUCGUAUGACGACGAGACAGAGACUGAUGAUCAAGAGAUUUCAACUCUGCUAUCGAUUGUAAAUGAGUCACCCGAAUUGGAAUGUAUUAGAAUGAGCUUCGGAGAUACUGGUCAUGAUCGAAAUCAUAGCGCCAGUAGUAACGAGCCUCAUCGCCUGCAUCGUUAGUUUAUGUAUGUCAUGUAAAGCGUCCAACCAACUAAUUUUUAUUAACUCGUCUUUCUGUUUCUUUCUCGAUGAUUCAUCAUGGCCGAUUAUCUCCUGUUUACCCUUUUCAAAAAAAAAAAAAUCUCGACCAUUUCUUGCUUGGAUAAAAAUGUUUUUUUUGUCGAGUCAAGCUUUCUUGGCUUGUUUGAUUCUGCUCUUCUUGCUAUUCUAUCGCAUCUGUUUCUUUUUUUGAUCAAAAAGAAUCCCGGCUAUCUUGUGCUUUGUCUGCUUCUUCUUACUUGAUACCAUAGUCUGACUUCCAAAGUUGAUGUAUAUAGUUAGUACAUAGUAGUACCUUGUGCUCCUUCAUGUACCCGCAAUACAUAUAUGCCUAUCACAUAUUUCUGAUAAUAUACAUUCUUCGGUUCUUUUUCAUAACUUGCAUGUUCUCAUGGGUUACUCGCUGCUUCCGGUAAACCCUCUAAUCUCUCAGUAAGACUCUUUAUCUCUCAACUCACAUAUUGAGGGGUUGUCCUGUCCUAUUA